CGUCUCAUUUAACUUCCCUUGGUUCAAAAGUGUCCCUUCCCCUCUCAUUCACCUCUUUUAUCUCUUUUCGCAGUGGCUUCCUCUCUUCCAUUCAGGACUUGUAGGCUUUGGAAACGAGCUGCACCUGCUUUAGAUGAAUUAUGGUAGAACUGGAAGUAACUCUCUCUCACCCCUCCCUUCUAGCUCUCAAGUCACAUCUCCAGUACAGACACAACCCCUGUGAUUAGAGGCUGAUCUCCCCAUCUGAAUGGGACAGAGAGAGGAGGGACCCAAGAAAUAGAUUGACUUCCCACCCUCCCCCGCCCGCCCUUGAGACUUCCAUUGAGGAAAUCGGAACGGGAGAAGGGGGUGAAGGAAGAAGCAGACACCCCCCCCCCCCCAUGAGAGAGAAGAAAGCGGUUCAAAGCCUUUGGCAAGAGAAAAGUAUGCUCAUGCCUGAACUGUGUUAGUGCUUUCUUCUGUCUGUGUCGGCUUCUUCUGCUUUCUCUCUCUUUCUUUCUCUCUCUCUUUGUCUCCGAGGUGUUUAACUUUGGGGGACCUCGGGCUGCCUGAGAGCUGGAGGCUUUUCUGCUCCACAAGGGAAGAAACUGGACGAGGCGGCGGCGGUGGCGACAGCAGAGGUGGUGGCGGCAGCAGCAGCAGCAAAGAAGCAGCCACAUGCUCCAAGUGGGGGGUGUUAAAAGUUGAGACUCGAUUCCAGGCGCUGUAGAUCAAAACAGGUUCUGCUAGCAAGUCAUGAUGGUUGAAUCUGCCUCUGAGACAAUACGUUCCACUCCUUCCAGUCAGAACGGGGUCAGCAGUCUAAACAACCCAACUGAUGGAGGUGGUGGUGGGUGUGGAAGAGAGGGUGGAGCCAGUGGAGAAACCAAUGGAGAGAUGAGCCAGGUGGAACUUUUGCAUUUUCAGCAGCAGCAGGCUCUCCAGGUGGCACGGCAGUUCCUUCUGCAGCAGGCAACAGGGCUGACCUCUCCCAGCAACAGUGAAAAUAAGCAGCCAGCCGUCCAGGUCCCAGUGUCAGUGGCCAUGAUGUCUCCUCAGAUGAUCACCCCACAACAGAUGCAGCAGAUCCUGUCUCCUCCCCAGCUCCAAGCUUUGCUGCAGCAGCAGCAAGCAAUUAUGUUGCAACAGCUGCAGGAAUACUACAAGAAGCAACAGGAGCAACUUCAUCUGCAAUUACUGACUCAGCAGCAAGCUGGAAAGCAGCAAACCAAAGAGCCAUUAGGGAAUAAGCAGCUGGCAUUCCAACAACAGCUACUGCAGAUGCAGCAGCUGCAGCAGCAGCACCUGUUAAACCUCCAGCGGCAAGGGCUGGUCAGUUUACAGCCAGGACAAGGCACCGUUCCUCUGCAGACCCUUCCACAAGCUGUAUGUCCCUCAGACCUUCAGCAGCUGUGGAAAGAAGUGACUGCUACUCAGCCUGUAGAAGACAGUAUCAAGCAGGAAGGACUUGAUCUGACCACCAACACCUCCAAUUCUACCUCGUUUUCAGCCACCAAGGUCUCUCCUCCAAUUUCCCAUCACCCUCUCCCCAAUGGACAGAACGCCAUGCUCGCACAAAGGAGGGACAGUUCUUCCCAUGAGGAGACUCCUGGCUCUCACCCACUGUAUGGACAUGGAGAGUGUAAAUGGCCUGGUUGUGAAACCCUCUGUGAGGACUUGGGACAAUUUGUCAAACACCUCAAUACAGAACAUGCACUUGAUGACCGAAGCACAGCUCAGUGUCGAGUUCAAAUGCAAGUGGUACAGCAGCUGGAAAUACAGCUAGCUAAAGAGAGUGAACGUCUUCAGGCAAUGAUGGCCCAUCUCCAUAUGAGACCUUCAGAGCCAAAACCCUUCAGUCAGCCUCUUAACCUGGUUUCUAGUGCCACCCUCUCCAAGAGCACUUCUGAUACCUUCCCUGAUGGAUUACCUCAUCCACCCACUUCGGCUACUGCACCCAUUACUCCGUUGCGGCAGGGUCCUUCUGUUAUCAGCUCCUCCACUUUACACAGUGUAGGACCCAUUCGCAGAAGGAACUCGGAGAAAUUCUGCACACCGAUCUCCUCAGAGCUUGCACAGAAUCAUGAGUUUUACAAAAAUGCAGAUGUCCGCCCUCCUUUCACAUAUGCCUCACUUAUCCGGCAGGCUAUCCUCGAGACACCUGACAGGCAGCUAACAUUGAAUGAAAUCUACAAUUGGUUCACACGGAUGUUUGCCUACUUCAGGAGAAACACAGCUACCUGGAAGAAUGCUGUACGCCACAACCUGAGCCUGCAUAAGUGCUUUGUGCGAGUGGAGAAUGUCAAGGGAGCUGUCUGGACUGUAGAUGAACUUGAGUACCAAAAGAGAAGGCCACCAAAGAUGACAGGGAGUCCAACUUUAGUCAAGAACAUGAUUUCUGGCCUUAGUUAUGGAGCACUUAAUGCCAGUUACCAGCAUUCUGUCUGCUUUCAGGCAGCCUUGGCAGAAAGUAACUUCCCUCUUCUGAACAGCCCCACCAUGAUCAACACAAGCUCCACUAGUGGCAUGCUGCAUGUUGGUCAUGAUGACGUAAGCAGCACUGUAGAACAAGUCAACAGUAAUGGCAGCAAUAGCCCCCGACUUUCACCACAACAAUACAGCCAUCAAGUCCAUGUGAAGGAAGAACCAGCUGAAACAGAGGAUGACAGCAGACCUGUUUCUCUUAUGGCUACAACCAAUCAAAAUGUGACGAUUCCUGAUGAGAGAGACCUGGAGGAGGAAUUGCCAGUAGAAGACUUGUCUUAAGGGCCCUCCUUUCUCAUCUAGGGCCCAGCACUUCCCUAGAGACAAAGCAAUGGCUCCCACCUCCUCAAGGUGACCUUCGGCGUUAUCUUGUUUAAGGCACUUCUGCAGCGCAAAAGGGUUUCCAUUGCUGAAGGCACACAUUUCUUUCCCCUCUGUUACAUCCCAAUGACUCUAUAAAAGACAUUCACAGAGGGGGAUGUACAAAGAAAAAAACAGAGUUGAGCUUUUUUCCUUCCUUUCUUUUAAUUUUUUUUAUUUGUAAUUGGUGAACGAGGAUGGUAGGUUGUUUCUGUCCGAAGACUUCUUUGUUUCCUCCCUCUCCCAUCACCCCACCCCUAUGGGGAUAAAAAGAAGGUGUCUCGUAUUGUCUGCUCUGUGUUCUGUCAUUUUCAGCUCAUAUACUGUGUUCCCACAAAUCAAGAUUUUGGAAGCAUCCAGCCCAAUGGGGGCAGCAUCCAAGCCAUGAGCCUCUGUGAAUGUUCCCCAAUUUUCCUUGGAAAACAUUUCCAAUAGACUGCCAGUUAGUUCCACUGAGAACUUUGCACUAGAAGGAAUAUUUCCACACAAUCCCACCCCCCCUUGAUCCAUCUGAUAUCAUCUGUACAUUCUGGAUCAGCAGCUGGAAACAAGACCUCUGCAGUGGCCAUGAUGUUUCUAUUCAUUUUCUGACUGAGAGAGAAACAAAAAUCUGCACUGGGUACAAUCUGCACACUGUAGGUCAGCAAGCAGCCAAAGGUUGUCUCAUGUGUAAAACCACUUGGUUAUUCUUUCUCCAACCUGUGUUUGUGCCUCCCUUCCUCUCUCUUGCAAGUUCAAGAAGCAGUUGUGCUUGACGUCUGGUCUUUAAAAGUUUACUCAUCAACAAAGUCCAGGGAUAAAUAUCCAUUCCAUGCCAUCACAUAUUGUGAAACUUUACCAGAAGCUAACACCUUGACAAUUGGAAGUCAAGCUUAUAAGGGUCCGUCAUGAGACUGAAUCCAGGGUGUGACUUCUGCAAAGUUAAAGCAUUUGCUUUUUGCCUCCCAAGCUUUUAUUCUGUCCCUCCCAUUUUAAAAACACUUUCUGAGGAUGAGACCAGAAAGUGUGACUCUUGCUUGUUUAUGGGGAGAACUGGUGGGAAGUAGAAUGACCUAGUAGAAGUAUGAGUGACUUUGCAAAGCCAGCAAAACUUGAAGCACUUGGGGUGGGAUGAGGGAGAAGAAAGGAACAGGCCAAGGUAUGUAGCUAUGGUCAACAAAACAUUUAAUUUGUGACCAAACACAGCAAAGCUAUGAAGCUCUGGGCUCUUUCUAGCCAUUAGCAAGUCUAGUGCAGGUACAUCCAGCCCCACAACCAACAUGUUAGUAAUACCUAGACAGAAGCUACUAAUAAGAGGGAACAAAAAGUUUCCAAAAUGUUAUGUAGAUAAAAUACAUCAUUCAGGUAAACAAGCAGUGUUAACCAAAAACCUUUCCAGCAUCCUUUGAUCAUUGUGUGGUUGCCUCGCAAUACAAUAUAGGAAAAAUGUUAUCCUGCAGCUUUUCUCAUCAUAGAAGCAACAGGUCUCCAAAGCUUCCCUGCUCUUCCUCCAUGAGAAGGCAAACUGUUGCUGCUUCCAAAUGCUCUCUCUUGUUGCCGCUGAGAUUGGCAAACUAAGGUAAAUUAGAGGUGACUGUAGGAUUAGGGUGCAGUGGGUGAAGGAAGAUGGGUACUGUGCCUUUGAUUCUUUAGUUGCCUCAUGUAUCUUGCCUCAUCUGUAACCUGCAUUCAAGGCCUACUUGGGGUACAGAAGUUUUAGAGUUGCCUAAUGCUUGUUGAUGUCUCCAAGCACCAUUCAGUUCAGGGGACAGUUAGCAGAGUAAGGAGAAAUACAUUUUGGGUAAGGAGGUAGUUCAACUACUCAAACUAAUAUCUGUUUCUCCAUGUACAGUGCAUUCUAAUGGUGUUGGGACUUAUAUUUAAAGAGCACUUUUAGCAGCAAUAGGCCAUGAUAACAAUUCCCCCUCUUUAAUCCCCAGGCUUAGCUCAGAGGGUUACAGGAAAUCAACUGGCACUCUUUAUGCCUUUUAACCUCUACCUUCUUGUAAGAACACAGGACGGCACUCUUCCUAUACAGCCCUGAUUCUGUUGUGGAUCAAUAAUGGUUGGGAUCAAAUUUCAUGUGCUAACCAGAAAUGAAUGUCUCACUCAACAAAAGGUGAAAUCUGAUUAGUUUGUGCAACUUCUCUAAAGCCAUUUAGCAGAGCUCUGAAGACUACCUGCUUCAUUUUUCUGAUAGACACAUCUUCUAGAAAGAUCCCCUGUUAGUCAUACUAGCAAAGUUCUGCCUCAGAUUCUAAUAUACGCAACAUGGUCUCUACCACCUUCUUGGUCCAUUUCCCUUUUUUCCUUUAAGGAUUUUGCUAAUGGAAAAAGUUUAACUCUUAAUUCACACCAUUUAAUGUUGCUUUAUUUUUAUCUAAGCAAUUGUAUUGUCCCGUAAUUUACAGAAAUGAUACUUCCUCACUAAAGCAUUCCUUCAGAUAACAUGUUAAAUUGGUCCAUGUUCUGUCAAAUCUAGUCAAAGUCAAAAGCUGGAAGAAUGAAAAUAUUCUCCCCCCAUUCUUGUAUUAUAGCUGCAAAGAAUACAUGAAUGCCAUAGUCUUCACUCAGAAAAUGACCAAUGUUUGUCAAUUACAUUUCCAAUAGCCUACACUAGAGGUCUCCACUGAACAUACAUUCCCUCCCCCAUUUCCUAGUUUUUCCAAUAGGCAGCAAAAGUGGAGAGAUCAUCUAGGAGAACCAAGGUAAUAGCUAUGAGAUGAAGGGAAGUAGACUAUAUCUAGUUACAAAGGGGCAAUCUUUAAGCUGUGGUAAAUUGGAGAUGACCAUACUUAAGAGAUGUCAAUCAAAUUGAGGAAACAUAUAGGAGACCUUCAGAGAGACUGUCCACAGCCAGCAAGUGGUUUGAUCUACAAAGACAGCCAAGAUUGGAGUAUGGAGGCUGAGAACACAUCAGAGUCCUGUAUCACUUCAGGUCCAGCUCAAUUACAGAAGCCAUCUGCUAUUGGUCUGAACAAAUGCACACCACACCUCACUUCUCCUCUCGGGACCACUUUUAAAUGAUUCCUUAGCAACCCUCUACAGAAUGCUUUACAAUUGGCUUAACCAUUGACCAAAGACCUUUCUUAGACAAGAAGCAUAAACCAAAACACUUCCUUUUUAUUUUGUUUUGUUGCUUUUAUCCUGAGUUUUUUUUUAAAAAAAAAAACUGGCAUUGGCCAAAAAAGAUAAAUUUACAAAGAUCCUACAUCCCUAGCCCUUUGUUACUUUCUUUUGCUUUUAAGUUAUUAUUUAAACCAAAGUUUACAGGUGCUGUUUUGUAUGUCUUUAAUGAAGGUAGGCCAGAGUCAUUGAUUGCUGCUUUAUUUGCUAUUUGUUCUUAACUAAGGGUACACCGUGGACCCUAGGUAGGGUUUGCAUUUCAUGGAUCAUUUCUGAAUGUGUUUCCAUCUCACUUUAGUCCUUCCUUUAUAUAUCAUAACUGCCUUCAUUUCAGCCCUUUACUUUUCAGCAGUUGUUUUCUGCACCAUUUGUUAUAUUUUUCAACCAUUGUCUUUUUUGUUAAUUUCAAAAGGUGUUGUUAUUUUUAUCCCUCUUCCUUAUCCUCCAGAAUGAUUGGAAACCAUGUGUAUUCUUUGAGGCAUCAACUGGACAAAGAUGUUUGUGAAAAACAGCAGACUCAUUGUAGCCCCUCAAGGUAUUAUGAGUUCCCCUAUACAUUGUGUAGAAUAAAAGGGUAGAAUUCUGAAGUUGUCCCGUUUCAAACUAGGUGGUGUGUGCAUGAAGGCGCAAUGUCAUAUUUUUCCAAUGUUUCCUUUUUUAAGGCUCAAUAGUUUACUAAACUAUUCCACUGGGAUGAAAGCUUAGUAGUUGUCUUCCUGCUGCAGUACUUUAUUAUAUGCAGGAACUUUGAAUGUGGGUGUGAAAAACUUGACACUUCACAUCCCUGCAAUCUGAAAUGACACCUUCCAGAAAUCUACAACCUCAUUCUGUGCAGUGUGUAAACUUAUGCUCAUUGAAUCAUGGUGAAUUAAGAUAGUCUCCUAUUGAGUUUCUGGGCAAAAUGUAGUGUUUAUUCCACAGUGUUAUUAAUUUAUCCCUUUCCGUCCAUUCCUACUAAUGCAGCUGUCUUGUUAUCAAUUUGAACUCUUCAAAGAUGCCUCCAUCUUGACUCACUUACCUCAGUCUGUUUAUACUCCUGCCUGGUACAGUAUCCAUUUUGUGUGUUGGGCACCCGCAGCUGGUCCUGAGCUGCCCAGUAUAUAUGUUGUUCUGCCAGUAUUAACAUGGUGUUUCCUGGUACUGUGUACAGUCAAGGUCUGAACUGUAAGCAUUCCCACUUGUGGGAUUCUCUUUCUCUAGAAAUAUAAUUGUCUCUGUUUAAACCAAAA